UUACGAAUCCCCAAUUCAUUUCCAUUGCAAUAGUUUCAAAAUCUUCAAAAUGACCGAUGUCGUUAUACAGACCCGCAAAGGGCCCCUCACAGAAGCACAAGCACUCCAAAGUGAUAUGGACAUGAUCCCUGCGCUAUGUCAAUUGGAUCCCUUGUUCGACUUCCGUGAGCAUCUCGAUUCACGUCGCGCACAGAUUGAGCGCCUUGUUUCCCGCCAUUUGGGCAUCCCGAAAAAUCACGUUGUCCUCGGUGUCGAACGGGAAUGGAUAUCUGGCAGCUUCAAUAUUUGUCUCCCAGUGCACAUCGAUAACAGCAGAAAGCCCAGUCUUCCCCGAAAAGCAAUGGUUCGAUUCCCUCUUCUGUUCAAUAUUGGCGAGUCCUUCUCGCCAGGGAGUGCCGACGAAAAACUGCGCUGCGAAGCCGCCACAUACAUCUGGCUUCGAGAAAACUGUCCUGAUGUUCCCAUACCUCGCCUGCUUGCCAUGGGCUUUCCAGGAGCACAAUCGUUCACAGCCGUGGAGAACGAAUCGACAUUGAACCGAAUACGUUGGCUACUGCGGCGCGGCGUAUCAUGGUGGCGUGGCGAAAUGCUCGCUCCGUUCUUUGCUCACCGCCGCGAUCAACUUGCAGAUCUUGGGUACUUACUAAUCGAAUACGUUCAAGAUGGAGAGAUGCUAUGGCGGAGUUGGCAGGACCACCGCCAUGAUGAACACCGCCGAAGUAAUCUCUAUCGAAGUCUUGCUAAAAUCAUGCUCGAUCUCGCCCAGGUACCACAACCUCGAAUUGGUUCCUGGACAAUGAAUGAUAAUGGCGUGCUUUCGCUCACAAACCGUCCGCUCUCGGAUCUGACCUUCUUCUGGAACAGACACCAGGUCCCGACGGGCAUACCACGGGAUCUCACGUAUACCUCUACCGAGCCAUACGUUCAUGAUAGGCUUGCGUACCAAGAUCUUCGUAUGCGCCACCAGCCUAAUGCCAUUCUCAGUGAAGCGGACGGCCUCUAUCAACUAUCUGCCUUGUCAGCUUUACGCAUUAUGCUUCCACGAUUCUGGGACCAGAAUUCGCGAAAUGGCCCUUUCGUGUUCUCCUUCAACGACCUUCACCAGAGUAACAUCUUUGUCGAUGAAGAUUGGAAUGUUACCAGCAUCAUUGACCUCGAGUUUGCCUGUGUGCAGCCGAUACAGAUGACAUGUAUUCCAACCUGGCUCAAUGGCCGCGGUGUCGAUGAACAGGAGGGUCCCGAUCUGGAAGAUUACUCACAGCUCUAUCACCACUUCGUCGCGAUUCUCGAAGCCGAGGAGAAAUCUCGCCGUCUGUCACACACGUACAGUCAUCAACUGCGAGAGGAUUGGAAGACCGGCAGGUUGUGGUAUAUCAAGGCAUUGGACAGCUUGAAUGGCUUUCCUGCUAUCGUCGAACAGCACUUGCGCCCCAAAUUUUUCGAAAAGUUCGAUUGGAAGAUCGAUGGACUGGCACUGGCACGACUGUGGGAUGAAAAUGUGCUGGAUUUUAUUAACAAAAAAAUCGAGGAUCGUGACCAGUAUGAAGUGCGAAUCAAGGAAAUGUUCGCCAAAGCUGGAAGAGCUCAACAGGUUGAAGGCUAAGUUUUGGUGGGUCCCCUUGGCCGCCAAAUUGGAGAGUACCGACAACCGCAAUGGAAACCACCACAACCAUCCCAAUCCGCUGUCAGAAGGAAGCAAUUUCAUUGUAGGAUCCGGAUAUCCUCGUUGAUCUCCGAAUACCCACCUACCCCAAAAAAUUGCAUCCGAUACAAUCGCCACCACUCACAUAUAACACUCCCCUCGUACACCACGCAGACCUUCAAAACCUUGCCUUACCUACCUCAUCAUCCCAGCCCAGCCCGACCACCGGCCAAAAGAACAGGAGGGCAACGAAACGAAACGAGCGACAGACCAUCUCGCAGCUCCCACCAAAAGAGAAACAGAAAACCUGUUCAAAAUGAAACAAAAAAAUCUCAAUUACCUUAUAUUUCUCAAAUCAUGCAUCGCGGGCUUGUGUGAGCAGCAGCACCUGCGUGGCUACCUUACCUUACCCACCUAUUCUUCACUAGGGUACCUAGGUACCUGAACUUACCGUACCUACUUGGUUGGGCACGCCCGAGUUCGAAGCAUGAAGCAUGCAUGCAUGCAUGAUGGGAUCGAUUCAUCGCGAAUCUGGCUGGGCUUUCAAGUUUUCAGAACUACCUAGCAGGACCUAUGUACCCAGCGCGACUCUGGGCGCUGACGACUCAAGAGGCCGAAGGAAGAAGCCCCAAUUGACGCAAAUCAGCCGUCACAGGAGUCCGAGUACUGUAAGGUGCUUUGCGAAAUAUAACCUAAUCACGAGCAGUAUCAGGAUCAGGAUCAGAAAAGAGAGAGAGAGAGAGAGAGAGAGAGAGAGAGAGAGAGAGAGAGAGAGAGAGAGAGAGAGAGAGAGAGAGAGAGAGAGAGAGAGAGAGAGAGAGAGAGAGAGAGAG